UUGUAAUUUGACAACUGUGUUUGACAGUCUUGUCAGUUAACAAUAAAAACAGUGACCAUUCACAAGUAAAUGUUUACGUAAAUUGUGUUUAUGUGAUGUGUAUCUUGUCCCAAACAAUGUAAACUUUAGUCACGUCACAUUUCCGGUUUAAAAAUCAUUGAAAAGUGAAAAUUUUGGUGUAGGCGUAAUUUGCACAAAUUCGGGUGUUAAAAGUGCAACGAACCGUAAAUUAUAGGUUUGACCAUGUUGUUGUGAACGAAUCGAGCAAUCAGCAUGUCUGAUAACCCACCUGACCAGCCCCCUGGCCAAGAUGCAGACGUCUCCCUCAACGAUUCCGAAUGUUCCGAAAGCGUGUGCUCCGACACCCACAGCGACAACACCACCAUUUCCGAAAUGACCGAAAAAAGCACAGUAUCACUUUCAACAAUCCACGCAACGCUAUCCAACGAUGAGGAGCAGCUCCACAGCCCCUCGACCUCCGCAGAUAAGAAAAGCACAGUGGCGGCGUCCCCGGCCCCCAAUCGCGGAAUGUUGCUCCCAUGGGGGGUCCACAAGGAGUAUUUUCCCCAAAUUAUUUCGGGGAGCAGCGUCGAGUUGGAUAUAAGACCGGGGGAGUACGUUAUGAGGAGUCUCUUCUCCGAUUUUACGAUUUUAGCUGAGAAAAAGAUCGAGGCUGUGAUGGGGGAACCCCAGGAGAAGCCAUUAUCGAAAACUUUGCAAAGGGGGGAGGAUCCACAGUUUGACCAACUGUUGAGUGCGUUUGGAUGUGUGGCUGAGCAUUGUUUGCCGUCGCUUUUGAGGGCUUUGUAUUCGUGGUAUGAGCGACAGAUGGCGGAGGUGAGCCACCACGAGCAGAAAAAGUCCGAUAUUAAGCAGAAAAGUAUAAUUUAUAUGGUGGCUGGAAAUUCGACAGAGACUGUUGAACGAUCAGAAGUCGACAUACAAAAAGAAAGACGUGAUUUAGCCGUGGAAUUUAUUUUUUGUCUAGUUUUAAUCGAAGUAUUGAAACAGCUGUCUUUCCAUCCCGGCCAUGAAGAUUUGGUCUUGUACAUCGAGAAUCUCGCUUUUAAACACUUUAAAUAUCGCGAGGGUAUUCAAAAUAAUCCCAAUGGCAGUAACAUUCACAUGAUUUCUGAUCUUUACGCUGAAGUGAUUGGUGUUUUGGCUCAGUCGCGUUUCCAAUCGGUCAAAACCCGAUUUAUGAAUGAAUUAAAAGAGUUAAGGGGACGGGAAGCCAGUCCUCACACCACUCAAAGUAUUAUUAGUUUACUUAUGGGAAUGAAAUUCUUUCGUGUUAAGAUGGUUCCGAUUGAGGAGUUUGAGGCAUCGUUUCAGUAUAUGCAAGAGUGUGCACAGUAUUUUUUGGAGGUGAAGGAUAAGGAUGUGAAGCAUGCUUUAGCUGGAUUGUUUGUGGAGAUUCUAGUACCAGUGGCGGCGGCCGUCAAAAACGAAGUAAACGUCCCAUGCCUCAAAAACUUCGUCGAAAUGCUCUACUCCCAAACACUGGACGCCAGCACCAAAUCCAAACACCGCCUCGCCCUCUUCCCUCUCGUCACUUGCCUACUCUGCGUAAGCCAAAAACAAUUCUUCCUCCAAAACUGGCACUAUUUCCUCGCAAUGUGUUUAUCACACUUGAAAAAUCGUGACCCGAAAAUGUGCCGUGUCGCCUUAGAAUCACUCUACCGCCUCUUAUGGGUCUACAUGAUCCGAAUCAAGUGCGAAAGUAACACAGCGACACAAUCGCGCCUUCAAAGCAUCGUCAAUUCACUCUUCCCCAAAGGUUCCAAAGGGGUGGUUCCCCGCGACACCCCUUUGAACAUUUUCGUCAAAAUUAUACAAUUUAUCGCCCAGGAACGUCUCGAUUUCGCAAUGCGAGAAAUCGUUUUCGAUUUAUUAUCAGUCGGAAGGCCUAUUAAAAUAAUCCUAACGCCGGAACGAAUGAGUAUUGGGUUGCGGGCGUUUUUGGUGGUUGCCGAUAGUUUGCAACAGAAGGAGGGGGAACCACCGAUGCCUCGAUCGGUCGGGGUUUUACCCAGUGGGAACACGCUACGCGUUCGCAAAACUUUCCUGAAUAAAAUGUUGACCGAAGAUACAGCACGGAGUAUUGGGAUUAGUGCGUACUUCCCCCACGUUCGGCGUGUCUUUGUCGAUAUUCUCCGAGCUUUGGAUACGCAAUACGGACGCCCCCUUAUGAUGACAAACACGCAGAACGUUAACAAAGAACCCGACGAAAUGAUAACAGGGGAAAGGAAGCCCCGAAUCGAUUUAUUCCGAACUUGUGUGGCUGCUGUUCCUCGUCUAAUUCCGGACGGGAUGACUGGGUCCGAACUGGUCGAUCUUUUGAGUCGUUUAACCGUCCACAUGGACGAAGAACUGCGAGGUUUGGCCUACCAAAGCCUCCAAACCCUUGUGAUUGAUUUCCCCGAUUGGAGACAGGAUGUGUUAUGGGGGCUCACCCAAUUCCUGGCCAAGGAUGUGCUUGACACCUUCCCCAAUCUCAUCGAUAACGGGCUGAAAAUGAUUUUGACGCUUUUGUGUGCCUGGAAGGGGGCUCUGACCAACACCACCCGAAUCAAAGACACCGACACGAUGAACAAACGAACCGAUUUGUGCAAAUCCGAGCCAAUGUCGUCGGUGCUUCACCUGGUUGAAGCUUUGGCGCUUGUGAUGUUGUGCAAUUAUCGUGUCACGACGAAACGAGUCUCGGUUUUGAUUCUUAAAGAAGUGAAAAGUUUGCUCAAAGUUUUGAAUUGUUCAGGGAAUCCGCCAGUGAUUGAUAUAAUUGAUGCGUGUUGUCCCAAAGUGGCAGAGAAGUGUCUGCCUUUGUUGCCGCCGGCCGAGAAAACGGCUGUUCUUACGGCGAGUUGUAUUGACUUGCAAUGGUUGGUUGAUCGGACGCUUUCGGCGUGGAAUGCGGGAUUGGCCGAAGAUGGGUCGAUUAAGAGCGGGUCAACUUAUUGUUUUAAUAUUGUUGAUCCGUGGAGUAGUUGUUUGUUUGGGUUUUUGGAACGGGAGAGGAUUUUGUCGCAGUGUCCGAAUGUCACAGCUCACUCGUGGCCGAUUGUGUUCACGAGAUUGAAUGCAUUGUAUUCAGUUGUUGAUCCAACGCCAGUUAAUGAUAACAGAGCGUCACUUUUGAGGAGUUCGGCCACUUUGCGAAAACCGCCGAAUGAACGCGACGCUUAUAUGCACCUUUGGAAAAAUUACAUAACUUUUGCGUUUAAAGUCGUUCCACAUAUGGCUAAUCCAAUUGUCAGAUGUGCGAGUCCGGAUCUGAGUUUGAGUUCUUCCCCCGAUAGUUUAAGUACCGAACGCUCCGACAACAAAUCAGGGGGUUCCGGUACUUCCCCGACCAGUCUCUACAAGCUUGUUGUUCCGCUUUUGAGGUGCGAAAUUGCCGAUGUGAGAGAUGCAGCGGUUUAUGCCGUUGGGAACAUAAAUGCUGAGGCUUGUCGAGAUUUGAUGGAGGAGUUGAUUAUUUAUCUUCGCGAAGCAAUUGAUAAGAAACAGGAGAAUGUGCGGAGACGGCGGCGUCGCGACGCUUUGCGUCUGCAUCUGAUGCGUACGCUUGAGUAUAUAGCCGAGAGUGGUACUUUUAAUAGCAGUUCGUGUAUUCUUGAGAAAGAUACACAGUCGCUGCAUCCCUCAAUUGUUGAGUUUGUUGAAGGAGUGAGGUCGUAUCUCGAAAAUGAGCCGGAUAAAACGUCAAGUAGCGUCAAGGAUCUUACACUGCAUUUUGCCUAUUUUAUCAAGAAACUGAUCAAAACUUUUAGCCUGGAAGCUUGCCGCGGCCUACUGAAACGCGACUUGCGUCGAAAUUUAUUCAUGAUGUUCUCAUUUUGGGCCGGAAAAUACGGCCUAACUCCAUCAAACGUCCACGAAACCGAUCCAACCGGUAAGAAAAGUACCGAAUUACAAUUUGUUGCAUUACAAGCGAUGAGUGCACUUUUGUGCUGUGGCCCAUAUUUCGACACCACUGAUUUGGCCGAGGAUAGCAUGAUUUAUCAUUGGUUGAGCGGCUUGUUGGACAGUAAUGAAGAAAAGGUGAAUACUUUGGCACAGGAAACUGUAAUUCUUUUCCUGGAAUCGAACCCCGAUGUUGGUCCUUUGCUUGACUGGGUGGUUGAUAAGUGUUACACAGGGACGUAUGCAGUGGCCGAUGGUUGUUUUCUAGCCUUGGCGACGAUUUUCAGUGCUAGGGAAUACCCCUGUGACCAUUAUACGGCUAUUAUUAACGUCACUUUAAUGAAUACGGGGUGUCCAAGGCCUCCUGUCCGAGACACAGCUUUACAGUUGCUGCAACUGUUGGAUAAGAGAUUUUUCGGGACGGUUGGACCACUCGCCGAAAGUGAUUUAGCUGAAGGUGAUAAGGGACGUAGCACUUUAGACACACUUCUUGCAACGACUUAUCGCCGAUCCCAAGUGCAUUUAUCGGGUCAGUUGGCACUACUGCACCCCGAAUUAACAAUGCCGAUGUUUUCGGAAAUCACGUAUCGGUUUCAAUCGGCGCGUCCUGAAGUCAGACAAUUGUUACUUCAAUAUUUACUUCCGUGGUUGCAUAAUAUGGAAUUGGUGGACCCUAACGUGCCUCCACCUAACCCUCACACGUAUCAGUUUUACGCCAAUGAGACCGGUAGAGGGCGUAAGGAAGGUUGGGGGUCAGCUGAAGCCACCGAAAUGGUUUUAAAUAAUAUCUUCUAUAUUACGGCCAAAUUUGGUGAUAAUCAUUCGAAAGAAAUUGAGGAAGUUUGGGCCACAUUGUGUACGUCAUGGCCUAAUAACAUGAAAGUGAUUAUACGUUACUUGAUUAUUAUAUCGGGGAUGGCACCGUGUGAAUUACUUCCAUACACGAAACGAGUUGUUUUAUAUUUGGCGAGAGUCCAACCGGUGAGGUUACUCGAUGAAAUGAUGCUCGAAUUACAAACUGUGGAAACAUUGAAUUGUUUGAUUGAACGGACUGAAACGCCACCUUUUUACCGCUUGACUGUAAUGCGUAAAACUUCAAGUCAUUCGGAUGGAACGAACGGUGCUGGAGGACAGUCGGACUCCAACGCCAGACAAGACUUAAACAUCGAGAAGGGAACUAUUCAUACAAAACGCCACAGCGGCGAAGACCCGUCGAAAUUAAUCUCGAAAACGAAUUCCAGCAAUGUUUUGUCGGAUUAUAAUUCGCGAAUGGACAAAUUGCGAAACUCAGACGACGGUUGUUCAUCAUCUGACGACGUCCAGGGCGAUGAUAUGUUUUUCCGUGAGAAAUUCGAAAUUCCAAUCCCACAACCACACCCUUUACCCAUGCCAGAAUACGGCGGUUAUUUUGCCCCUUUGACCGAAUAUUUACCCGACAGUUCCCAACCGAUUUCGGGAUUUCACCGAUGUAACGUUGGUGUGAUGUUAUUGUGUGACGUUGUGGUUGAUGGAAUCGAGUUGGAUUGGACCGUCCAUGUGCCCUUGAUGCUUCACAUUUUAUUUCUGGGCUUGGACCACACCAGACCUUUGGUCUACCAACACUGCAAGCAACUUUUACUCAACUUGCUCGUCGUGCUCGCGCAACACAACGAUCACCUAACCGUGGCUCACAUUUUGCUCAACAGCAAAACGAAUCAAUUGCAAUUGGGGCUUUCAACGCCUAGUUUACCUAUUUUGAGGCAUAGUUUCACUGAACCGGACUCGGUUUUUGAUAUUUAUUUACAAAACGGUUCGGUUAUUGGCGACGCUGCGAAUAAAAUUAAAAAUUGUGCCGUUUUGCCUGAAGGCGAAGUUAGCGAAGUUAAAGACUUGACCAUUCCUCCAGUGAUUGUCACACCGGAGGAUUCACCCGCGAUUUCAAUUUGUAAUAAAUUGGAUAUCACGGUUUCACUGGUGAUUAAGUCACUGAUUGAUUUUUUGAGUAACCAAGCCGGGCCCUUGUGGAAUUACGAAGAUAUAACGGCGAAGGUUUGGACGGUUAAAAGUGCCGAACAAAUCGAUAUUUUUCUCCAACACAUUUUGAAAAUUUUUCAAUUUUCGUUGCCUAACGCUCACGUUAAUGAACGGUGGGCCCAAACGGCUCUACAGCUCGGUUUGAGUUGUUCCUCGCGACAUUACGCUGGUCGUUCUUUACAAAUUUAUCGCGCGUUGAGAGUACCGAUUUCGUCGCGAAUGCUUUCGGAUAUUUUGAGUCGGUUGGUUGAGACGGUUGCCGAACAAGGGGAGGAUAUGCAAGGUUACGUAACGGAACUGCUUUUGACUCUUGAAGCGGCUGUUGAGUCGCUAGAGUCAGACUUCCGCCCGCUUGACUUCAUGAAAGAUUUUUUCAAAUCUACCCCAAACCUCAACAAUAAAGAGUUAAUCUCGCAUAAGCAAAUCCACGAAGGAAGUGUUGCCCACAACGCCGCCACCGCUUUGUUUAAUCAUUCGAUUCAAAGUGGCCAUGCACGAAGUACGAGUUAUUCGGUGUCGUACGGUUUGAGAAAAAAUGUUUCGUCGCCUAACGAGACCAAAGAACGGACUCGAAAUCCGGAAAUUGAGCACAGAUCUGGAAAUAAAUUCUCGUCGAAUUUGUCACGUUCCAGAUCUGCUCAAAGUUUGAAACUAUUGGGCGAUUCAGCGACUCAAGAUGAUAAAUUAACCAUUUUAUCGCAAUUGUUUUGGUUGGCUGUGUCGUUGCUUGAGAGCGACUACGAACAUGAGUUUCUAUUGGCUGUGAGAUUAUUGGCUCGUGUUAUGCAUCGGUUGCCACUAGAUCGGCCCGAUGCAAGAGAUAAAGUCGAGAAAUUGCAAUCACAAUUGAGAUGGAAUUCGUUUCCGGGGGUUCACGCAUUGUUGUUGAAGGGUUGUACACAUGCGAACAUUUACGAACCAGUGGCGGCGCUGUUGUCACAGUUUACUCCACUCUUAAAUUUGGUUGUGGUUGAUCCGUCACAGACUAUCGCUUUUCCAAUGAACGUCAUCGCUUUAUUGCCGUAUAUGUUGUUGAAUUAUGAGGAUGCGAACGAAAUUUGUAUAAGAGCAGCGGAAAAUAUAGCACAAGUGAGCAUUGAGAAGAGCAAAAAACUUGAAAACUUAGGAACAGUAAUGAACCUCUACAGCCGACGUACUUUCAGCAAAGAGAGUUUCCAAUGGACGAAAUGCGUUAUCAAAUACCUCUACGACACCUACUCCCACCUUAGCUUCAACAUGCUAACCUUCCUGAUCGAAGUGCUUGAAAAAGGUCCCAACAACCUCCAACUCCCCAUCUUAAACAUCAUCCAUUGCAUCCUUCACUACGUCGAUUUAGGUUCAGCGGCCGCUCAACCGAUCAAUACCGACCUUCUCCGAGUCAUUGUCAAAUACAUCGAGGGGGUUCACUGGAAGGAAGCUUUAAAAAUCUUAAAACUAGUCGUAACACGAUCAAGUUCACUGGUAGCGCCCCCUAUCUCAGUGCAUUCAAACUGGGAGAGCAGCCUCAACCCGGUCCCUCAUCCCUCCUUCAACGAGGAUAGUUUAUUUGCCAGGAAAGAACUACCAGGUCGUACAAUGGAAUUUACAUUUGACGUUUCACAAACACCGGUGAUUGGUCGCCGAUUCUUCAAUAAGACUGAGGAUGGAGGGGGAGCCAAUCCGGUGGUGACACCUCGACGUUCAUGUUCGUUGAGUCCGGCAGAUGUUGCUCCGCAAACCGGCUGGAAACGACCUUGGAUGUCACAGGGGCGGGUUAGGGAGUGUCUUGUUAACUUAUUGACGACUUGUGGGCAAAGAGUUGGACUCCCGAAAAGCCCAUCUGUCAUAUUCAGUCAAACGUCCGACAUUAUCGAACGCCAGUCGAGUAUGGCGUCCAGUACUGAAGAAAUGUCAUGUGGUAAUAACGACAUCAGUGGCGGGUCACGAAGGGAUGACGCCGCCACUGAAUUUGGUGUCUUCAAAGAUUUUGAUUUUCUCGAAUACGAGAGUGAAAGUAUUGAGGGGGAAAGUACCGAUAAUUUUAAUUGGGGCGUCCGUCGUAGGCCUUUGAGCCAAGGCGAGGAGGAACAGCCAAGUUUGAAACAACUCGAGGAUAGUUUGAGUGAAAAAACACCAAUGUUGACCGUCAGAAAAAGAUUAAUGACUGAGGAAUCAUCCGACGAUGAAAUUGGUUCCGAAUCACCUCUUGACGAGAUUGUGAUUGCCACCGAAUUCGACAAUAGCACAGGCGAAGGUGGCGUUAGUUUCCCUCCAUCGUCACUUGUUUUACGCGAACAUCCGUCGCAGACUAUGUCGAGUGCGAGGUCCGACACCAGUGGUUCGAGUGCGGGCGAUUUGGGCGAAGUCACCCCUUGCAAUGCUUCGCCGAAUUUUUCUGGAAUUUUGACCAUAAGGCCGAGCAAAAGCGACGUUUUGGAGAACUGGACGGCUUUUAUUCAGUCAAAUAUGAUACAAAUAUCGACCAACACGUUGCAGUUUUUCCACCAAUUACAAAACCUGAUUAGGGACGUUUGUUUAUCUACAAUUGAUAUAACGAAAGAUUCGUGUUGUUAUAUGAUGCAAUCGGCCGCCAGUGGUUUACCCACGAUUAAAUUAAUCGGUUCUCGCUUAAAUUCAAUGAUUGAUAUUAUGUCAUACCGUAUUUUACCACCGAGUUUGAUUUGGUUCAAUUCAUCGGCUUUGAAUAAUACGAAAUUUAUCGAAACGCUGAAAUACGGAAUGUUGGAAGUGCAAGAACAUUUGGAGACUUUUUGUGACAAGAGGGAUCAAGCCGCUGUGUAUUGCAAUGCCGUCAAAACCACUCUAAAAGUGGAAUAUUUGAGUGGUCAACAUCCCACUGAAGUUCAUCAUUAUUUACUCGAUUUGGGAAAAUCGCUCUACAAGCUUUACUUCCAAUUGUUGCUACUGAUUGAAGCUGGGAAUAAAAUAAUUGCAACGUUGCACAACACGUUGAUAAAUGCCGAAUUGAAAGAUGUGACUGUUGAUAUAAUUUUGAUUAAAAACGCCCUUUUGCGUUGCACCGAAGACAAUGAGGCAGACGGGGGCGUUUCGCCCCCCACUUGUGCAAGUUCCGACACGAAUUUGUACAAACUGAUCGAAAGUGAGAAAUUUUCGGCGGCUAUUGCGUUCUAUAAAGCGAAUAAAGACGAAUUGUUGAAAGAACUUCCAGAUGUUUACGAUGCGGCGAAUGAUGUUCAUGCAAUUUUGUGUUUGUAUUGCAAGAAAGUUAUUCAGGAUAAGCCAGAGUGUUUUAUUAUGACAAAUCAAGAGAGCGAUUUAGCUGAUAUUUUUGGACGGCUGUUUCAAGUUUCAGCAGCUGUGGCCGAUUUAGAAAGUGUGAUUAAAAGUACAACACAAAUUGAGAAGGUGACCGACAGUAAAAUUUAAUUUUUUUAACGAAUGAGAUUUCACUGUGAUGUUAAAUGUAACACAUUGGAGACUGAACGUUAAUUUAUCAGAAUUUGGGUUACAAAAUUAAGAGUAACAGCAAUACAAAGAACUGACGUCAAGUAUACUAUCAGUAAUCAUAUUUAAACAAUUGUAGUGUGGUUUAGUGUAAUUUAUAAUAAUUCUAUUCAAGAUUAUGAUCAUCCAAUUAAUUUUUUUUAUAUCUAGCACGAAUUUAUGAUUCUAUGUACGGAAAAUAAAAUGCAUUGAAGCAUA